AUGCACCAGAAACUCUGGGACGUCAUCCAAGUCUUCAUUUUUCAUCUUCAUUUCAUUUCGCUUCGAAUUUCAAUUUUCGGAUUCUCCACAACUUACGUGAAUACACCAGUCAAUCAGUUCAAGGUUUUGAGUCAAAUUAAAUUUAAAAAGUAGAACUGUUGGGAUUUUAGGCGUAUAUAAACGAGUCUUUGAUUAAAAGGGAUGUCGUAAUGACUGCAGCAAACUAUGAUACAAUUUGGAACAUUUUCCUCAACAUUUGGUUCGUCGGCUUCUUUUUGGGCAUCUGGCUAAGUCCCAUUUUGAAUGAUCGCUAUGGGAGAAAAGGUGAAAAUCGAGGGAUUUUGAAUGAAAAACAUUUUUCAUUCAGUUGGGUUUUUGACUGGAAAUUCGGUCGCUUUCCUCGCCUCAAUUCUUCAAUGUGUUGCCAUUUAUUGGUAUGGUUUCCUCGAGGGAAAGUAUAAUUUGUAGUUUUUUUCAAGGUUUGUUCCAGAGCUUCUUAUCGUUGCACGUUUUAUGACAUCGGUUUGCAUGGCUGUGACUUAUCAAUCUUGCAUUUUGUACAUACAGGCUUGUUUAAAAACUUGACUUGAAAAGAAAAGGACAGUUUAGGAAUGUUCCCCGACGCAUCUUCGAGGGUUCAUGACAUUUUUGAGCGAAGUCUCAUUUUCAACCAUGACCUUGUUUGGGAGUAUCCUCGGGACACAAGGAGUCUUGGGAAAUCAUUUAUUUUGGCUCGUCUUUUUUGUUGUUCCUUUCUGUAGGUUCACCAUGGAUUUAAAAAAGAAAUGUCCUAAUUUAGGCUUCAUUUUCCUCGUCGGUCUGAUAUUCCUACCUGAAACGCCGAAAUUUUUGUUGAUCGUCAAACGCGACAAUGACGCGGCCAUCAAAUCCGUCAGAUUCUACCACGGACCUUGCGUCGAUGCAAAAUCCGUGCUGGAAAGUAUCCAAAUGGUGGGGGACUCCUCUUUUUCAUGACAUUUUUUGAAUUCCCCUUGAAGGAAGAAGAAGAAGGCGAGGAACAAACAAUUUCGACGAGUCAGGCCUUGAAAGAUUUAUUCAGGGAGCCCUACUUGAGGAAGGCGUUGAUGAUCAGCGUCAGCGCUUUGCAGGUCCUUCUCUCCUAAUUUUCUUAUCGAACGUCUAAAUUUUCCAGAACACUGUGGCCCUAUGGGCAUUGCUUCUCUCUUCGACGUACUUUCUCGAAAAUGCGAACAUGGAGCCGAAAAUCGCGCAAUGGAGCAGCAAUUCUAUGAACUUUGCCUACGUUUUGGGCGCCAUUUCCGGGACGAACAUCAUUGAGAGGUUGGAGUUUUCGAAAUGAAAAUCAUACGUUCUCCGGAGAUUUUUCGAUAAAUUUAAGUCUGGUUUCUUUUUUGAGGAAAAUCUUACGAAGAAAGGCUGAAUCCUGUGGCCUAAACCCAAACAAGGUAGAAGGCGUAAAAAAAAAAUUGGCGCGAAAAUUAAAAUCUCAAGUACGCAGCCAAAGGCGAUCGAACAAACAAGUUAUUAACGUUGAAUACUCCGUGUAAUUAUGACGUCAUUUUAUCCGGAGCGUGCACUUACUUUUUUUUGUAAAUUCAGAAACUUUGACGCCUCGCUCACCUUCCCUCACCGCAUUAGGAAUACCGUGUUUAAUUGAGGUCUUUUUUUAGAUUCAUCAGAAAAAAAGUCUUAUUUUUUUAUGAUUUUUUUCUUGUGACAGAUUUAAGCCAUUUAAUAAUUUUGUAACAUUUGUUCCAUUUUUUUAAAUUCUGCAUUUGAAUUUUUCAUAAAGUUGAAAAAUAUGAGUAUAUCGUUGUCGGAGCACCUGUUUUGGCGCUGCUGUUAGGGCUUUCAGUUAGUUUUUGCUACCAGCUCCGGUUUCAGUCUUGGUACUUUUCAGUUUUGAACCCGCCCGAGCGCCCUAGAAGCCUUUAAAAUAUAUUGUAAUUUCCCAAUAAGAGCUUAUGAAUUUUCUAAUUAGAUUCAUUUUUUGAUUUCAGAUGGGGCCGCCGACCGCUCCUGCUGUCCUUCACUUUUGCCAACAACGUGGCUCUGCUGGCAUUUGUUCUGUUCACGGCCCUACAGCCACUGAUCGACUGGCUCAAGUACGGCUGUUUGGCGGCUCUCAUCGUCUACGGCUACACUUAUGGGUAUGUCGUUUUCCCGAAAACACCAAAAAAUGUCCUUUUCAGUUGUGGAGUUGGACCGAUUUCCUGGUUCAUUUCAUCGGAGCUGGUCCCGCAAAAGUACCGCAGCAUAACCCAGUCGGCCGCCUACGCGAUCAACACCGUCAUGGUCGUAAUCAGCAGUUUCACAGUGCUUCCGUUGUAUUCAGCCCUUGGAAGCUAUGCGUUUCUCCUUCUGUACUCGAUCCCCUCUACGUUUUCGUUGAUCUUCUUGUUCAGAGCAUUGCCUGAAACCAAGGGACGUGAAGUUUAUGAUAUUGUUAAGCAGUUGCGUGGAAAGUGA